UCAUCAAGUAUAUAUUUAAAUAUAUAUGAUUUGUACCCAAAAAUUAAUAGAAUAGGUGACCAUUUGGGUUUAGGUAUAUAUCAUACAGGUGUACAAAUAAAUACUGAAAAUUACAUAGCUGAGUAUUGUUUUGGUUGUCAUCCUUAUGAUUUUAGUGGAGUUUUUCUAGUUGAGCCUAAAAAAGCAAAAGGUUUUAUUUUUAGAGAAAGUAUAUAUAUGGGUGAAAUUAACAUGAUACCUGCAGAUUUAGAUCGCUUAAUAGAAACAAUUGGAAAUGAAUUUACAGGAAAAUCAUAUCAUUUUUUAAAAAAAAAUUGUAAUUCAUUUUCAAAUGAACUUAUAAAAAGAUUAAUAAACAAGGAAAUACCAGUAUAUUUAAAUCGUUUA